AAUUUUACAAUAUCCUACAAGAAAUACAAACUGGAAACUUAUCAGAACAAUCCAAAGAUAUCAUCCAGUCAAAAAUCAACCUCAAUAUCGACCUUAACAAAUUUUCUAAUACUACUCACAUAGUACCAACUCGACAAGCCACAUUUCGAAACCUAAAUGAAAACUACUCAAUAUCCAACUUCAAAUACUCAACAAAUCUACCUCAAUCUGUACAUCUACAAGAAGGUGCAUGUGUAAUGUUUCUAAACAACAAACUAUUCGAAUCAAAAAUCUGCAACAGAACCAUAGGAAUCAUAACAAAAAUUAUUGACAAUCAAAAUAUUGAAGUCACCUUCCCAACUCUUACUGCUAUAAAUAAAGUAAUAGUUCAAAAAGAAACUGCUUAUUUCGAAAUUUAUGGUAAAAGAGCAUCCAGACAACAAUUCCCAAUUCAAAACGCUUUUGCACUCACUGCCCAUAAAGUGCAAGGGCUAACUCUACCACACAUAACCACUAGUAUCGAUGAUUCCAUAUUCACUGAAGGUCAAGCUUAUGUCGCAAUGAGUCGCGCAACUUCUU